CCGCAAACACAUACCUUGAUCACUUCGAUGAUGUCGGCACCAAAGGUAAUUAACUACCAGUCUGUACAGACCAACCAAUCACUUCGAGUAGUCGAUGUGGGAUUAUGAGAAAUGAUGCAUUGCCACUUUUUGCUUUGGGGGCGCGAUUCUCAUGCCAAGGCGUAUGCUUGCAAUUAAGAAAGGUCGCACUCAGAGCGAUUCUGUUCGUUCCUGCUUUCCAUAUGCUUUAAAAUCGUUUUGUUUUCUCUCAUCUCCUGAGGUUUUACACACACGAGUCAGCUGCCUGUUGUUAUGGGUACCGAUUGAGUCGUAUCGUCAACCGGUUGAUAGGAUCAGUUCCGUGUACCUCUUGGUUCAACGUUGUUCCGGAACCAACACAAUCGCUUCCUCAUCCACCUUCCUUUUCGCCUACGUGUGCACUGCCACUCGCCUGACGAUCGCUCUUUUUGGCUGCCUUUUGUUGGAUCUCAUCAAUUUGACAGCAUUACACUUGAAUACUUUCUACAUUUAUGCAGUUCGUUUGCUCGCUUUUCAGACCCGAACUAUCGUGGCCGCGUGGCGCUUAUGUCGAAAUGCUUCCAAGUGGAACCCACUACGCGGCCGAGUGGAUACAGUGCUGGAUAUGUGUCCUGUGGAACGGGCUUCUAUGACUCGUUCUACCGGCCGAACUUUAUCUAAUGCGCCAGCUACCAUCUCAUCUCAGCCGCCUGUACAUACCUCCGAGGACACUCAUCUGGAUAGAUUGUUUGUCGCCACUCUGCUUGGGUUUGCCGUUGGCCUGUGUCUUCUACCAACCACACUGGCAUUUUACCUUGUCUUCACCGCGGUAAGCCUUGGCAACUGCUGUCUCAGUUACUUUUUCAUCCUGAGGUUGUUGUACGAAGACUGGUGUCCGGUUCAUUUCUCAAUUGUUCCCAAAUCCCCUUCGCGUGACAUGAUUCGCGGUGUAUCUAUUAGAAUGAAAUCCAGAUCACAAUGUUUACCACGAAUUACUGUUUUUAAACUGAACUUCGUCCUUAUUGGCUAA